AUGCAAGGGAAUCGCGACGGCUCGUGGUCCUUACGCGCCUCCGCGAACGGUGGAAACGGCAACGGAAACGGUGGUUAUCAUCCUCAAUCGACUCGUGCGUUUUCCAAUUUCAAUUUCCAACGACCCAUCAGAUACAAUUUCCAGACCCAGCACAAUCUCAACUUCCCUCAUCGACAAAUCCCUACCUUCCCUCCUCACCAAUUCGGCGAUGGCGCUAAUGUUUUCCUGAGCGGUGAUAAUGGUGGGUCUCGAACCCUUGGAUCAAAAUCAAAACGCAAUGUAGAAGUUAUGCGAAUUGAUAAGGCCGUCAUCGAGACGCGUAAAUCGCUGGUUGCUUCUGGGGAGAACGUUUCUUCGACUAGAGUGUUUCAAUCGGUUUUAGCACAACUUCAAGCUGAUUCCUUUGUGGUGCAAAUCCAAGAUGUUCCUUCGUUUCGCCAGCUUAUGGCCCUUGAAGGCAAGAUCAAUGCAUUUAUUCACUGCUUCGUUGGUGCUCGAAGAAUCGUUACCCUGCAUGAUUUGGAAGUGGCAAUAUGCCGAAACGAGUUCAUCACUAGUGAGGAGAUAGUGUCAUUUCUUGAUAGCUAUCUCAACGCUUUUGAUACGGACGAUGUUAAGCUCGAUGAAUUCCUGAAUUUUGUUGCUGAGAAAAAAUUUGUUACAAGCAAGGAAAAGCUUGGUGUGCGUAUUCAGAGCUUACGGAUGUAUGUAUCUUUCAUUCAAGAUGCAAAGAGACAAGAAGGCGAAACAUUGAAGAACUUACUGACUGAACUGCAUCAGAAGUAUCACAUCCUCUCAUCAAAGAAACAACGGCAAGAUGAAUCCCUUAUUGUCUCUGAGCAUGCUUACUCGUUUGCGUUACAUCAUAAGGAUUAUUGUGGCAAGCAUACGAGAUUUUAUUCGUCAAGCUCAGAUGACAAUGAUGAUUAUGAGGUCGAAAACGUUAAUAGUUCUGACCAUUUCAAUAGUAGUUGUCCUUAUCCAUCUAUUGUAGAAGAGAUGAAGCAGCUUCCAGGCUCCAAUAAGAAAAGGAAGGCUGAAAGUCGUAAUCAUGAAAAAUCUAAUUCGUCCGAACUGCUUAGAAGAGUCCCCUCUAAAUUACAUAGAGGAUAUGCGAAACAAGUGACACCUAAAUCAGGGGAUGAUUCUGAUUCUAAGCAGGUUUUCAGUGUGAAUGAGGCUGAUUUCACACUCUCUGAAGGGGCUUUGAGAUUGUUCAUUUCGACUUGGAAGGACACAUGUAAAGAGAUAAGCAUGUCAGUGUUUGUCGAGAAUAUAUUGUCUUUUUACAAUUUAGGGGGCUCCGAAGUACAAGUUCCGAUUAAAAGAGCUAAAGCUAUGGCAUCAUUUCCAUUUGUUGGAAUACUACAUGUCGCUAAGGAACUUGUAACAGAGGCUCUUGAGGAACAGAUACCGAGUGAGAUCACCAAUACAAACUUGGUUGCUGGAUAUGAUAAUUGUGCAGGCACAAGUUCACGAGCUAGUAAGCCAAACCCAUUGCGUCCUAUGCCCAUGACGAGUGUCUCAACGUCAAGGAAUCUUGCUCACAAAUGGAAAAAUUCUGUCUCAACUGUUUCAAGCGUAAGAGAUCAGAUUCACACCGGCACACCUUGGGCUGCACAGGCGCAACAGACCUGUAAAAAAGGUGAAGAAAUCGCGUACAGAUACUUUGCUACAAAAUACGGCAAGGAAGCUGUGGUUAGAUGGGUUAAUGAGCAGAGCGAAACCGGGUUACCUUACGACCUAAUAAUCGAAAACCGAGGUGGUAAGAAAGAGUACGUAGAAGUGAAAGCAACGGUAUCUACAGGGAAAGACUAUUUCAAUUUGACAGUGAAAGAAUGGCAAUUUGCAAAUGAGAAAGGUGAGAGUUACGUUAUUGCUCAUGUUUUAUUAGGAAACAGUAAUGCCAUCCUCACACAGCAUAGGAACCUUGUCAAAUUAUGCCAAGAAGGUUAUCUCCGGGUAUUGAUUCUCAUGCCCAACCAGCGGAACGGGGUCAACGUUGCAUUUUAA